AUGAUGGUGUCCCUCUUCUCCAUAGUAGCAGGACAUCCCGCUGUCUUCAUGCUCUCGCUGCUUGGCAUUGUGGGAUUGUUUCCAGAGAUUUCUUUGGGAUUCCUGGGUGAUGAUGAAGAUUAUUUCAUGCAGGAGCUGCUGAGCAGGGAGCAUUAUUACCGCCUUCCUGUCCAGGAGGAGAGUGUCAUGGAAGGUCAUGAACUUUCCACACCACCUGUCUACAACAAACCCAAAACCUCGACGAAACAAGCAGGAGGAAAGACAAAGUCAGUGAAAUCUUCAAACAAGAAAGCUGAGAAGACAGCAAACAGCAUCAGUGAAGCUGACGGACAUUAUCGCUCUGAGACAGUGGAGUGUCCUCCACUUGGACUGGAGAGCCUAAAAAUCGAUGACUUCCAGCUCCACGCCUCCAGCAUGCGGCGUUACGGUCUGGGGGCUCACCGAGGACGUCUCAACAUCCAGGCUGGUCUCUACGAGGACGAUCUGUACGACGCGGCUUGGUGUGCAGGCAGAAAUGACCCGCUGCAGUGGCUUGAGGUCGACGCCAGGAGACUCACCAAAUUUACUGGAGUCAUAACACAGGGCAGGAGCUCACACUGGUCGAGUGACUGGGUGACGUCGUAUCGCGUCAUGGUCAGCAACGAUUCACACACCUGGGUGACGCUGAAGAACGGCUCCAGAGACCUGCUGUUCUUUGGCAAUAAGGAGAAGGAGAUCCCGGUGCUGAACAAAUUACCCAGGCCUGUGGUGGCACGCUACAUCCGGAUCAACCCUCGGUCCUGGUUCAUCCACGGCAGCAUCUGUAUGAGGGCAGAGAUACUGGGAUGCCCCUUACCAGAUCCUAAUAAUUAUUACCAUCGUCGUAACGAAAUCACCACCACAGACAAACUGGACUUCAGACACCACAACUACAAGGAGAUGAGGCAGUUAAUGAAGGUGGUGAAUGAAAUGUGUCCAAAUAUAACUCGGAUUUAUAACAUCGGGAAGAGUUACAGUGGGCAGAAACUCUACGCUAUAGAGAUAACAGAUAAUCCAGGAGAACAUGAGCUGGGUGAGCCAGAGUUUCGAUACACGGCGGGUUCCCAUGGUAACGAGGUGCUGGGGCGUGAACUUCUCCUCUUGUUAAUGCAGUUCUUAUGUGUGGAGUAUCGCUCCGGUAACCAACGGAUACGACACCUGGUUCAUGAGACGCGCAUCCAUCUCCUGCCGUCGGUCAACCCGGACGGCUAUGACAAGGCCGCAGAGGCUGGCUCUGAGUUGAGUGGUUGGUCUCUGGGCCGAUGGAGUCAGGAUGGAAUAGACAUCCACCAUAACUUCCCUGACCUCAACAAAAUCCUGUGGGAUGCCGAGUCUCGGCAGUGGGUUCCACGCAAGUUCCACAACCACCACGUCCCCAUUCCUGAGUGGUACCAGUCCAAAAACGGCACGGUUGCCAUGGAGACACGGGCGCUUCUGGGAUGGAUGGAUAAGAUCCCCUUCGUUUUAGGAGGAAAUCUUCAAGGCGGUGAGUUGGUAGUGACUUUCCCUUAUGACAGGACUCGACUCUCCGGGGUUCUGAAGGAGGCCACGCCCACUCCGGACGACCCGGUGUUCCGCUGGCUGGCGUUCUCGUACGCCUCCACACACCGGCUCAUGACAGCCCCGACACGUAGAGUGUGUCACACACACGACUUCGCCAAAGAGGACGGAACCAUCAACGGGGCGUCCUGGCACACGGCGGCAGGAAGUAUGAAUGAUUUCAGCUACCUCCACACCAACUGCUUUGAGCUCUCCAUGUACGUGGGCUGUGACAAGUUUCCUCACGAGAGCGAGCUGCCCGAGGAGUGGGAGAACAACCGUGAGUCUCUGCUGGUGUUUAUGGAGCAGGUUCAUCGGGGUAUAAAGGGAGUGGUGAGGGACAUGCAGGGGAAAGGCAUCGCCAACGCCAUAGUCAGCGUGGAGGGCAUCAACCACGACGUCCGCACAGCUGCUGAUGGAGAUUACUGGCGUUUGCUGAACCCGGGCGAGUACAGCGUGACGGUGCGAGCCGAAGGCUACAGUCUCGCCCGGAAAGUGUGUGAAGUCGGCUACGACAUGGGAGCCACGCAGUGCGACUUCCGACUCGCUCGCUCCAACCUGUCACGCAUUAAAGAAAUCAUGGAGAAGUUCAACAAGCAGCCGAUCAACAUGAGACGACCUCAACAGAGACGCCUGGGGACAUAGAGGACACUGCAAGAGGGAAACUGGGUGUGUGCUGGACACCCUGGACUGUUUCAGACUGUGCGUCUGACAGAGAGAGAGAGUGUGAGAGAGAGAGAGAGAGAGAGAGAGAGAGAGAGAGUGAGAGAGAGAGAGAAGAGAGAGAAGGAUCAUGUAAUCAGAGAGUAGAGCCACUUGGUUCUGUAGAAAAGUGUGUUUAUUUUGUAUUUUCAGGCAGUAAAUGAGCUUCAUGAAGUCGUAAGGGUUUUAUUCAGAAUUAAUAUAAUUACAGAGUGCAUGAACAGAGAUAUUAGAGAAUCCUAAACAGCAAAACUGGCAUGAAAAUAAACCUAUCAGCAUUACUAUCAGUUUAAAGCAUGUCUUUCUGCAUUUAUUUUCACAAUACACCAAACUAAAGAAUAAAACCAUCCUGAAGUGGAUUAUUUUC